AUGGCGGCCGAAAGGAGUGGAAUAAAUGUGCUCCACGGAUUGUUUUUUCGCUCAGCGAAGAACUUUCCCAACAAUAUAGCGGUAACGUUUUCUGGAGAUGCUGUGGAAUCAAUAACGUAUCGUGACCUUAGCAAGAAAGUGGAGAAUUUGAGUACGUGUUUUAGUAAAAUAUUCUCCAAAAAUGAAGUGAUCGGGAUAUACUCCAGUGAUUGUUUGAACCUGCCUGCUCUUCUACUAGCUGUGAUGGACGCAUCUGCCGCAUUUUACCCAAUAUCGACCACACUACAACCGCGUAAAGUGUUGGAAAGUAUAAACCACCGUUCAAUACGAUAUGUUUUGGUCGAUAACGGUUUACUUCAAAACAUCAUGAACCUCAACGAGAAUGAUCAUGAUAACACGUUUAUAAGAAUGCCAUUGGAGAUUACUGACCGAAACUCGUUACAUGAAGUUCGAUUUACCGUGCUUAAAGUCACUACCAGAAAUCAACCAUGUGUCGUAAAUUGGUCUAAAGAUCUUGCCUACGCCAUGCAGACAUCUGGUACGACAGGUGACCCAAAAGCAGUGUUUGUGCCUCACUCAUGCAUCGUUUCAAAUAUAUUUCAUCUGAGGUGGGCAAUUUGA